GCACUCUCACAUUUGCCUCAUUGAUGAUGUGUUUUGGUCACACAGAAGCCGCUCUGUUCUUCUGUAGCGGAGUCACCAAGAAGUCCCCUUGACGAGUCGCCAACGUGUCAGACGAUAAGGAGGACAACUGUUCCACACGGCGUUUGAGGGGCGGAAACGUGACUAAAAGUGCCUGCAAACAUCAUCAUGUGCAGUCUACCGAUGCCUCACUGCCUGACUCCGGCUCCCACUUGGGGGAUCAGAGAGGCGCACGCGUCAAACCGCACCAAAUAGACAAGAGCUUCACUCUCUCAGAUAAAAGACAUGGAUAGGCAAAACGGAUUCUAUCGGCACGUUGAUGUCCAGGACCACGUUCACUACAUCGUGGCCUUUUUUGUCCUGGUGAUCGGAACAGUGGGGGUUACUGGCAAUGCCCUGGUCAUGUAUGCAUUCUUCUGUAACAAAAAGCUACGCACUCCUCCAAACUUCUUCAUCAUGAACCUGGCGAUCAGUGACUUCCUCAUGGCCAUCACUCAGUCACCCAUCUUCUUUGUCAACUCCCUUUACAAGGGCUGGAUUUUUGGCGAAACAGGCUGUAAGGUCUACGCCUUCUGCGGAGCCCUAUUUGGCAUCGCGUCCAUGAUCAACCUCCUGGCUAUCUCCAUGGAUCGCUACAUCGUCAUCACCAAGCCUCUGCAGGCCUUACAGUGGACCUCCAAGCGACGCACUUACUACAUCAUCUGCCUGGUCUGGCUGUACUCUUUUGCCUGGAGCCUUGCGCCUCUUCUGGGCUGGAGUUCUUACAUACCGGAGGGCCUGAUGACCUCGUGCACGUGGGAUUAUGUGACGUCGACGCCUGCCAAUAAAAGCUACACACUGAUGCUAUGCUGCUUUGUCUUCUUCAUCCCUCUGGGCAUCAUAUCCUACUGUUAUCUGUGCAUGUUCCUGGCUACCCGCCAUGCAAGCAGGGAGGUGGAGAAGUUGGGCUCUCAGGUGAGGAAGACGACCCUGAUUCAGCAGCAGACCAUCAGGACUGAGUGGAAGUUGGCUAAGAUUGCCUUUGUGGUGAUCAUAGUGUUUGUGCUCUCCUGGUCACCCUAUGCAUGCGUCACCCUCAUUGCCUGGGCUGGAUACGCCAGUGUCCUGAACCCCUACUCCAAAGCCGUCCCCGCCGUCAUAGCCAAGGCCUCGGCCAUCUACAACCCUUUCAUCUACGCCAUCAUUCACUCUAAAUACAGGGACACUCUGGCUGCAAAAGUGCCGUGUCUGCACUUCCUCGCCCAGGCUAGCCCACGGCGGGACUUCAUGUCGGUGUCGCAUAGCCAGUCCUCCUUUAGAGACUCAACACUGAGCCGACAAUCGUCCCUGUCCAAAAACAAGUUUUUCAAGGUUUCUUCCUCUGUAUCCACAAUAGACACUCAGGUUUGGAGCGACGUGGAGCUCGAUCCAAUGGACCAGAGCCGUUGUCUGAGGUCCAGCUAUUCCCUCGGAGCCCUGAAGGAGACGGAACGGGGUCAUGAUAAGAGACCACAAUGUCAAGACAGAUUUUCACUGACAUUCUAGACACCCGUCCUAGAGCUCUAAGCGCACUAUCAAAAUAUGUGACUUGAGUCAGUCAACAUGGUCAUGCUCCAGGCUUGGGGGAGGGAAGGCCAGCAGGAGCCUGAAGCCCGGAAUGAAGAUAAGCACCUGGAAGAUCAAGAGGAGGAUGGCUAAACAUGAAGCAAAGAUGGCCACCUUAAGUACAGAGGAAAGAAAAUGAGACCGUGAUGUCGGGGGGC